AGACCGGUCCGAUUUCCCGAGUCGGCGGAAUGUGGGAGGGGAUGGGUAACUUGCAGUGUCUGAUUCGCUGAUAGCUGCAGCAUGACUAGAGCACAGAUGGACAGAGGCGCUCGUUGCAUGAGCUCCGACGCGCCCAGGCCGUUUCGUCCCGAUGGCGCCAUGGCCUCCCUUCGACCAGGCCCUGUCAGCCCGCCCUGCGCAUCGCCCCCGCCACAGCGCCCCGAUCUCAGAAGUGUACGGCCGACGGAAGAAACGCGGGGUGCGCUCUUCUCCGACCUCGGAGGAUGGACGAUCCACGCGGUUCGACAGAAAUUGCCCCCGCUCCGCUGCUGCGUUUCAAAGCCGAGGUCUGACAGCGCUGCCGACCAUAUGGACGGGGACGCACAAUAUCGCGUCAACAGAGCCGAAUUGCGCGUCCGACGACGUCCGCACUACUCCCGCCCUCGCCUCGCUAAUUUUACGGGCACCGCGCCCCCCGCCAGCGGCGCGCCUGACGAGCUCCAGUAAAUCUGCAACAUAUUACAGGCCAAGGACGGGCACACGAGCGCGCGUGCGAGGGAAGCAUGCGGUCGUAUUCGCCUUAUCUGCCACCACACGAAUGAUGCCCACGGACCAUCCAGGCUAAACUUAUCUAUUCAAACCCAGUUGGGCUGAAGGGGGGCGAGUACCUGAGGGCUUCGCUUGGCAUCAUGGGACUCCAUGCUGGCGCGUGCGGAAGCCGUAUAAAGCGCGCCGCUAAAGUAGCCGGCCUCUCCAGCUGGUUGUUCUUCCCCAGACCUCACCUCCGUCGCCGCACGCCGCGAUGUCUGCACCUGAAAAGGGCGAUUCGGGCUCCGCGCUCGACGAGAAGCACUCCGCCGACGCCGUCGUCGCACCGGGCGUCGGUGAGCACUACGAUCCGGAUGCCAUCGUCCCCGGAUCGGAGGGCGUCACCUACCAU